GGGGAUGCCGGGAUGUUUACACUCCUGACAGCGGCGGCCGCGGGAGGAGGAGCGGGAGUCUCGGGAGGAUGGGCCGCCGCUAGGCUCGCACUCGGGACGCGCCUCUCCUUGCGCAGGGUGGGGGCCCGCGCCUGCAGCGUCCGCGGGGGCGGCGCGGCGGGAGGUGGCGAUCGGCUCCCGGCCUCGCAGCUACAGCCCCCGGCCCAGCGGGCCUUUCCGCGGCGCCGCCUGGCCGAGCCGCCCGCCCGCACGCCCCGGGUCCCUCGCGGGCAGGAGAACGGAAAACUCCCAACUUCCUGAGUUCUAAAGUUCUUAUUGCUUCAGACAAUGGAUGAGCAAUCACAAGGAAUGCAAGGGCCACCUGUUCCCCAGUUCCAGCCACAGAAGGCUUUAAGACCGGAUAUGGGCUAUAAUACAUUAGCCAACUUUCGAAUAGAAAAGAAAAUUGGUCGCGGGCAAUUUAGUGAAGUUUAUAGAGCAGCCUGUCUCUUGGAUGGAGUACCAGUAGCUUUAAAAAAAGUGCAGAUAUUUGAUUUAAUGGAUUCCAAAGCACGUGCUGAUUGUAUCAAAGAAAUUGAUCUCCUUAAGCAACUCAACCAUCCAAAUGUAAUUAAAUAUUAUGCAUCAUUCAUUGAAGAUAAUGAACUUAACAUAGUUUUGGAAUUAGCUGAUGCUGGUGAUCUAUCCAGAAUGAUAAAGCAUUUUAAGAAACAAAAGAGGCUAAUUCCUGAAAGGACUGUUUGGAAGUACUUUGUUCAACUCUGCAGUGCAUUGGAACAUAUGCAUUCUCGACGCGUCAUGCAUAGAGAUAUAAAACCAGCUAAUGUGUUCAUUACAGCCACGGGAGUGGUCAAACUUGGAGAUCUUGGGCUUGGUCGGUUUUUCAGCUCUAAAACCACAGCUGCACAUUCUUUAGUGGGUACACCUUAUUACAUGUCUCCAGAGAGAAUCCAUGAAAAUGGAUACAACUUCAAAUCUGACAUCUGGUCUCUUGGCUGUCUACUCUAUGAGAUGGCUGCGUUACAGAGUCCUUUCUAUGGUGACAAAAUGAAUUUAUACUCGCUGUGUAAGAAGAUAGAACAGUGUGACUACCCACCUCUUCCUUCAGAUCACUAUUCAGAGGAACUACGACAGUUAGUGAAUAUGUGCAUCAACCCAGAUCCAGAGAAGCGACCAGACAUCGUCUACGUAUAUGACGUAGCAAAGAGGAUGCAUGAGUACACCACAAGCAGCUGAAUACAUGAAGAUCAUGAAGAACAUCGCCCAAAUAAUUUAAAGUAUUUUUGUGCAAACCAUACCUCCCCAUUUUUGUCUGGGUGUUAAGAUUAAUACUUCAGAGCUAAUGUGCUUUGAAUCCUUAACCAGUUUUCAUAUAAGCUUCAUUUUGUACCCGUUUAAGUCACCUUUUUGCAAACCCCACGUGACUUUGGAGAGUCGAAUUGCAUGUUAGGAGAGUAAAGGAAAUUUAAUGGGUUUUAAUGACUAAGGGUCUUUAGAAAUAUUUAGAGGUUUUUUGCGGAUAAAUUGUGUUCAGAUAGAUCCACAGUGCCAAAUUUUGAAGGUGAGGCUUGGCACCCAUCAAGAUAGACUUGUAACCUGAGGAAAAGUAUCUGAACACGUGACUCGUUUGCUUUUUGUGUCAUUUAUGAACAUCUGAGAUUAACACGAUUGUGAACUUUUGUGAUUAUUUUACUUUUAAAAGUUUGAAGUAUGUGUUUUAGUUCUUAGCGUAGUUUUCAAAUACCAUUCUUAAGAUAAAUGUAGACAUAAACUGAGAAACACUUCAAAUUCUUAGCUUAUAAUAACUUUCAAAAUGCAACUAUUAAAUGUGAAAAAAAUUGGGGGACAAAAUGUGAGUCAGACACUGAAGAGUUCUUUGCUUUAUUUUGUUUUGUUUUAAUAUCUUUGAUAUUCUCUUUGCGUUAAAGUGGUAUAAAUGAAUCCAUUUAAAAAGUGGUUAAGGAUUUGUUUGGCUGGUGUGAUAGUAAUUUUGAAAGUUGCACAUUGCCCGAGGCUCUUUUUGUGUUUUUAUUAUUGUUUGUACAUUUGAAAAAUCUUCUUUGAAUAAUCUUGCAGUACUAUAUUUCAAGUUCUUUAUAAAUUUAAGUUCUCUCUUCAUAAUUGUACACUAUAGGUGUAAGCAUAUGUUUUUAUUCAGAGAUUUUAUUGAAGUUCGGAUUGGUCCCCUUCAGAAAUUUUUUUUGUAUUCUUCAAGUUACUUAUUUAUAUUGUAUGUGCAUUUUAUCCAUUAUGUGUCAGGUUUUCUGAGAACAUAAUACCCUUUAAAAAAAAUACUUGGUAUACCAUCACUUUUCCUGGAUGAAAAACAUUAUUAUUUUUUUUUUUUUAACUUUUUAAGAUUUGGGCCACCCUGUAUGUGUGUAAUUUUGUCUUGUUAGAGAAGAGGAAAGGAUGUAUGUUGUACUGUACCUGUGAAUGUUGACACCGUUCUGAUUCAUUCGGCAAGGUUGUAAUUUUAGAAUAUGUUUAAAGCAAUGAAAAGUGGCCAUUACCACAGCCAGAAUUUUUAUGAUAUUAACAUUUCUGUUAAGAAGCUUUUAAGCAAAGUACUGUAUUCAUGCAUGAAGGUGACAGAGACGGUAACGCUUCAUUUAGUUGAAGGAAAGGGGCAGAGCUUCGUAAAUGCUGUUGUGGAGAUCGGUUUUCCCUGAAUGCCUUCAUGUUAGUGGCGACCAGUUCUUCACAGAAUUGUGAAAGCCCAGUGGCCGAGUGGCAGUCACUGUUCAAGGACCCCAUGCCACCUUCUAACCCUGGGAUGGAUAAUCCUGCCAACGUGAAAACCUCAUGUUCAGAGAACACCUACUUUUAGCCGAUGCAACUGCUGGUUUUGUUUGCUCAUAUAAGUAGUUUUUGUACAAUCAUUUGAAUACUUUCCGGUCAUUUGUAAACUUUAAAAGUGGUUUAUAAAGGGCAAAAGCAUAAACUUUUUUUUCUCCCCAGAAUCUAAUCGGUUCUGGUUCCUGAAGGAUAAUUUUACCUUGGGAGAGACAAAGGACACACGGGUGGUCCUUUCAAUGAGGGCUGGAGACAUUGUUUUUCCCAGAUUCCAGCCACUUAGAACUUCUACACUGAGCAUCCACAGAUUUGUCUCCAGAAGUAUGAGUAGAAUUAUUUUUGUUGACCAUUCGUGUCCUAUUCAUUUUCUUGUGAUAUAAUUGAUUGAGAGAAAAUUUUUCUGUAAUUGGAACACUCUUCUUUUUCUUGCAUUCUUUAAAAAUGCAUGAAUCUAAAAUUCAUUAGCUUAACCCCUCAUAGUGACUUUUAAGGAAAGACUUAAGCUUUUCUUUUCAGUGAAUCUCUCUGCUAGAAGGAAGUAGCUGGGAAGAAUUUAAUGAUCGGGGAAGUCCAUUAUUAUUUUCUACAUGUGGAAACUUUUUGUUUUGGGUAUUGUAUCUUUUUUUUUUUUUUUUUUUCAUCUAAGUGUUCAUACUUUUUCCUGAAGAAACCACUGUGUAAAAAACAAAUUUUAAUUUUGAAUGAGAUCAUUUCAAAGAAUUAUGAAGAUGAUUAGAAGUUUUAAUUUUUAUAAUCACCUAUAAAAUAUCCUCUUUAUAUUUCUGUUUAUAGGUAAAUUUUGUACUGAUUAAGUAAAACAGUUGAAUUGGGAAGGAGUAAAAUGAAAGGUACAUCUGAUUCUAAACCUUAUUUAGACAUUGGUACCAGUUUCCCAGAGGAAAAUGUGGGGUAACUUUGUUUUGUAUGCUGAGGUUUAGGAAUGGUGGAAGAAGGAUAUCCCCAUAUAAAUAAAGUGCUCAGCAAUGUGCAGUGAUUGUAAAUUUAAUAAGAUAUUACAGCCAUUUCAUGAAUGCUUCACCAUUCUACGUAGUACCUAUUACAAAACACCUUUUUUUGUAUCAAUAUACUUCAGGUGUUGCUGUUAACAUUUACAUGACAUGAUAUUUAUUUUAACCAAAAUGUUAUUCAUAUUAAAUGUUUUUUUCUUUAAAAUGAAUGUAUUAUGUUCAUACCCACAAAAGCAUAAUUAUCCUAUGUCUCAUAUUUCAAUAGUACUGUAAUACGGACUCCUUUUGUGAAAUACUUUUAUUUUGUUAAUGCUUCAAAUACACAUACUAAAAACGAUUCUGUUGUUAGCUUUGAAAAUUGUAUAAUAUCCUAAAAUAAAUAAAAAUACAAAAUUAAAAAAUGAGUACAAUAAAA